ACUUUGGACUAAUUAAAAAUGAUCGACUAUGUACUUCCGGCUAAUAAACUAAUAUAAUUUUCUUAUUAACUUUAAUUAAUGUUUAAAGGCAUUUGCAAAAUGAUUUGAGCGAAUUUGAUUGAGAACAAUCAUGGUCCCUAUAUUCACAGAUACGACCAGUGUGUUGUCUUCUGAAUUUGUGUCCAUUUUCUCCGGAGAAAAGCUUGCUCUUGCGCUGUUCAGAAUAAGCCAAGAUAUUGGUGUUGAAGUCAGCCAAGCUCAAAGAUCAUAUUCAAUAAUUGGCGAUUGGAACAAAGUGUUACAGGCUCAUUCAAAACUUGUUGAAUAUUUUGAAAAAGAGCAUAAAACUAAACAAGAUAAUAGAGAUAAUGAGUUGUGUUUAAAUUCAAGUCAAAAUUUUGUCUUUAAUGAAGGAAGGCGAGGUAGAAAACCUGGCUGUACCGUUGCUAAAACUGCAUAUAAUGCAGUUCCAGAACCGUAUGUUCAAUAUCUUAAUGAUCAAGGUCUACAAGUUAAUAUUGAUACUCCGAAGAAGAACGGAAGUAAUGCUAAUGUAGUAAUUAGUGACAGGGAGUUAUCCCCAAAAGGCAAUGAAAACUUUGGUACUGAAUUGGAAAGUGACCAUGCCGCAAACACUGAUUGUCAACAAGAUGUUGAAAAUAAAGAUUAUGAAAGUUCCAAUGUAAAUCAAGAUUGCAUAAUCAGCAACAAUGACGGGGAAUAUGUUACUAUUAAGGAAGAGUUUGAUGAAAAUUUUGCAAUGGAUGAUGACACUGAUAUAGAUGAGCAAUAUUUAGAUAAUUCUGAUUCACAAAAUGCAAAGCCAUCAGAAUCUAGUAAACUGGAUGCAAAUGUAACAGUAAAAGUUGAAAGAAACUUGUCAGACAAUGAAGAAAUAACCAUCUCAAAAUCAAGGCAAAAAACAAAGCUCAAAAAGCCUAUGCAGCAAGAAUCCUUAAAAGAUGGAAAAAAGAAAGUCAAAACUAAAAAAUCCAAUAUAUUAGAUGUAAAGAAAGGAAAAGGACGGCCAAAAAAACAAGAAAACGAAUUGGAUGUGAGCAGAGAGAAAAGAAAGACGAAGAUUAAGAAUGCUGCAAAAGUUGUUGAUGAUACUGAAUAUAAAUGUGACAAGUGUGAAUAUGUAGGGAAGAAGAAAGAGAACUUAAGGGAACAUACUCAGCGUAUGCAUAGAAGUAAAUUCUCCUGUGAAACCUGUAAGAAACAAUUUGGUUUACACAAAGAUUUAUUACGUCACACAAGACAUGUACAUACAAAUCCAGCAUAUCAUUGCAAGAUCUGUGACAAAUUUUAUAAAUUCAGCAGAGCAUAUAAAGAACAUAUGUUAAGUCAUGAGGAAAACUAUGUUAAACCUCAAUUUGAAUGUGAUGAAUGCCAUAAAGUGUUUAGCACAAAGUAUGUAUUGACAGCUCAUGUGAAGUCAGAACAUCUUGGAAUGAAGAAGUCUUUCAUGUGUCCAACUUGUGGAAGAAGUUUUACCCAAAAAAAUUCAUACUUGAUGCAUGCAAAUGUACAUGCUGGGAUAAAACCAUAUGUUUGUGAUGUUUGUGGAAAGGCGUUUUCAUAUGACAAGUCUCUGAAGGAACAUAAGUACAUGCAUGAUGAUGAAAGAAGGUUUAGCUGUCACAUAUGUGCCAAAACUUUCAGACAAAAAACAAGUUUACUUAUGCAUAUGAAGGUCCACAAAGAGGCCAAAGAUUACAUUUGUACAUCAUGCGGGAAAGGGUUCACACAGAAGCAAGCCUUACUGCGUCAUGAGCGUAUCCACAGUGGUGACAAACCUUUUAAAUGUGCCCUCUGUUCAAGGUCUUUUAAUGACUAUUCAAUCAUUCGUCGUCAUAUGAUGAUGCAUCACAAGAGGGACAAAGAUCCGAAGACUUGGCGUGGGGAUAUUAUAUGCUCUCUGAAAAGAAAAACAGAGUUUUACAUAGAAGGUGGUCCUGGCUAUAAUGGUGGUGAUAGAUUGCCCACCCAUGCCGCUGAUGAGAACUCUUCACAACCAGUGCCAAAUGCUACAAAUGACAUUACACCCAACACAUUAAAGGGUGACAUGGGAGAGACUGAAAUUGCCGUUCAAAGUGUUUAUCCCCUGACAAAGUCAUCAGAAAGCUCUCUCGCAGUAUCUCAGCAAAAUGAGGAAAGUUUUGUGCCUUCAAACACUCAUAGUCAAUCAGUAUUACCAGAUUGUGCAGAAAUUGGCAGAUCUUAUCAUUCACAGGGGAUUUCUGAAACUUCAGAUAUAAUCAGUAAAUCACAGGACUCUAAUUCAACGCCAUCACCUUCGUUACCUAUAAAUUAUAGUAUGCCAACAAAUUACCAGUCAAAUUUACAGAAUAUACCAGUAACCUCAGUGAACAGCUCAGAAAGUGAUGCCAUUCAGUCAAAUCAGUACCAUGAAAUGACUGAUUCAUUUCGUUUGCAAAAUCAUGGUCACCGUCGUGAAAUAUUUAUGCCCAAUUUAACUUCUAUGGCACCACUUACUGGAUUACCACAAACUCAUCAUUUACCCCCUGUGUCUGGGGAUACAACUCAAGGACAACCUCUACCUAACCCUUGGGGUCUUCCAGGUUACCCUUCUUAUUACAGUCCUGCAAACUUUCCGCAUUAUCAAGGUCCUCAAAAUUAAGAACUUUUUACGGGGUAUACUUCAAAAAAAAGUUUUUCAGAGGCAAAACUGACUGUCAUUUGCUAAAACAUUGUAAUAUAUGCUGGGUAAAGAGGAAAUUAAUUAGAAUAUAAUGUCUAUUCAAUUACAAUUUAUAUUUACGUUAUAUGAUUUGGUUGUUGAGUAAAUAUGUUCAUUAUCAUUUUCAGUACAAUACAGAAUAUAUUUACAUGUAUAAAGCUUGGGAAUUCAUAUUUGACUUAACUGGCAGUUCUUCAAAUAUGCUUUCACAAGCUGCAUACUUGUCCAAAUAUAUUCUCAAUUUUGUAGAGCACAUUGUUAAAUAAUAACUGUUCUGUAAAAUUCUUGAUUGGGCAAAAUGACAAAUAUAUUCUUCUGUUGCAAGAGUUAUCAAAAUUAGUUUAGAGUACAUAAAUAAAAUCUUAAGGGCAUAGUUUAAGGUAUUAGGUUUUAUCUAAUGCUGUUAAUCAAUGAUUAAAUAAAGGAAUAUAUUUAUUACUUUGAUUGUAUAAAAAGAAAGAUUUUACAGUUACUUUUUAUAGAAAUAAGAGUAGAACAAAAUCACUGGUGUUGAUAGAUUGGUACUACAUGUAGAUGGGACUGACUGUGUCAUUAAAAACUGAUUGAGGAUACAAAAUGGUUAUUAUAAGAGAAUCUUUAGCUGGAACCUGUUUGUUUUUUUUACUUGAAUGGAUUUUACUAGGCACAGUAUUGUUAUAUAUGUCUUCAAAUUUAAACUAUAUCUUCAACCAUAAAUAAAUGCAUCCUCGGUAACCAAGGAGUACUUAUACUAUAAGUACAUUACUUGUACACCUUGUUCAUGCUGAAUGUAUUUAGUAGAAUCAACAUCCAUGGCUUCCGAUGAUAAACAUAUAAUAUUGCAAUGUAUGUCAGCCAUAUCAUUCUGGAUCAUACUGGUAUAUAUUACUGAAUUUUCUCUGUUGGGUUCAUAUCUGUGCAUGUGAUGCAAUUAUUAAAUAUAGACAAAAUUUGUACAGGUCUGGUACAUAAUAAAAUCAUGUAUGAUAAAAUGUAGAUACGCAAUAGAAUGCUUAUUUUAUGUCAAUUUUUUUAAGAACAAAUUUGUGCAAUAUAUUCAUUUUUUGACAUUUAUGCAUAUUUGUUUGUAUUGGGGUGUAUUAUUAUGAAAACUGUUAUAAUUGUCUGUCUGACUAGUCAGUAAUGCCUUUUUUUGACAAAGCUUUAAGGAUUUUAAAGAUGUCAAAGAAUUUUAUUUUUUGUAUGACACAAGUUUAACUGUUUGUUGACAGUUUAUAUAAUCUUGAGUUCUUUAGUUAUGUGGGUAUGAGAUUUUAUAUCAUGAUGGUUAAGUAUUCUAUUUCAAAUCCAUUUUGUUUUGCUUUUUUUAUGGUAAUAAUUAUGUCCCUCUUGGGAGAAGUGGGUGUAUAUUGCUUUGCACACAUUGGUUGGUCCAAAGACCAAAACAUUUCUGAUCAAUAACUUGAGUACAUCUGAAUUAAAUCACCCUUUGUAGAAAUCUCCUGCACACUCACUAAGUAAAUUCGAGUGUCUGAAAGCUAUUUUGACCCUAUUCUUAUCCUGCUGGUUUUUGUGUAAUCUCUUGUUUAGAUUCGAUGAAUUUGAAGUUGAUAAUUUUGUUUGAAUGAAUCAAUAUCAAAUAUUUUUUUCAUGGUAAUAUUACAUGUACUUUUAAUUCUGUUUGUUAUGAUAAGUCUUGUUUUGGCUAUUUUUUCAUCAAUCUUGUAAGUAGCAUUUUACUAAAUACUCACUAGGAUACUUAACUAUCAAGUGCAUAUGUGUAUUUCAAUCAUAAGGCCAUUAUUCCAAAAUUUAUUACACACUCUCAAUAUUACUAUUAAAAAUAAUUAUUGCUAUAUGCAGUCAAGUACUAAUUAAAUACCUGUUAUAACUUAGAGUCACUUAAUUAAAAUAAGAAGACAUAGGUUGCUUUUUGACCUUGACAUGUAUAAAGGUUCAGAAAAUAUUGUAUUUAGAGAGUCUCUGGCAAUUUUAAUAAUAAUUUUCUGAACCUAAUUUCAUAAAUGUUUACAUUAGCUUGAUUUCAUGACAAACUAGAAUUAUGAUUAUGUGUUACCAUGAUCUGAUUUUAUUCCAUAUUCUAACACUAUCGGAAUUUUUUCUAUAUAGACAAAGAAGGCAGGAAGCGUGCAUUAUUCUACAACAAUGCACUCGCCGUUCUUAUUAUCUCCCUGUGUAUUUUCACAUUGAAGGCGCCAUUUUGUUUAAAAAAUCUGAUAAAUUAAAACAAUUUUUUUCGAAUCUUGUUGUGAAAACUAUCUAGAAUGAAAGAAAAUGGUCUAACUAAGAAAAUUAAUCCGAACACCAAUAUCUUUAAUUCAGUCGUUAACGCUGUACAGACGUUUAAAGUGUUGUUUACGUGACGUCACAAUGUAGCGCCAAACAGCACGUGCAAAACAAUCAAAUCAAGUUCGCUAUUUAAUGUCGCAAACGAGUUUAGUUUUACAUUUAUUUCACUUUUAAUAAUUUGUAUUUCGCUUGGAAAAUUAUAAACUGAAAUAAAUAAACAAACAAAGUUGUAUCAACGUUUUCAAAAUUCGUUAUUUUCAAAAUGUUUCUACACACGGUAGAUUUAACAGUUUUUUUUCAACCCACUGGAACGGCCUCUAAAGAACGUUUCUAUUGGAAACUCUGAGGCGAAAACAAAUUCAACCACCAAACAUAAAGUCCAACGUUAUAAUAAAAAUUAUAUUUUUUCUUGACGUAUUAGAAUGGAAAUAGAUAUCAAUUCUUCGUGCAUUAUUGUAUAAUAAUGCACGUUUUUCGUUCAAAUGCUUUGUAAUUAAUCACUCAGGCCUAUUGGCCUUCGUGAUUAUAUUACUACGCAUUUGAACUCAAACCGUGCAUUAUUCUACAACAAUGCACUCAGAAUUGAUAUCUAUUUCCUAA